AUGGCGUCCGCGUCCCUUGACACAUCGCCCUUCUCGUCGACAUCAUACAAACCAAAGUAUGAUACCUGGCCGUACAAUGACUCGGACUUCGUUCGCUACGAUGAAAAUGAUGAUGGCGUGUUCUACCGCCAACCGCGAUUAGUUACGCACAUCGAUGAUCCAAGCAUAGCGCGAUUGACGCAGUACUACGACACCGUGUUGCCGAAAACUGGGCGGAUAAUGGAUAUGUGCACGAGCUGGAAGAGCUUUUACCCGUCCUCGGUCAAGGAAGCGAUACAGAAAAAGGACUUGGAGGUCUAUGGUGUGGGGCUCAAUGCGGAGGAGAUGGCGCUGAAUGGCGUGUUUAUGGGCCCGGAUCGCUGGCGCGUUAUGGAUCUGAACAAGCCGCCGCACGAUGUACGUGCUGCGUGGGAAGGAGGACAGGAUAUGCAAUUUGAUGCAGUGACGUGUGUGGUAAGUAUCGACUACUUGAAUAAACCACUUGAGGUUUGUCGAAAGCUUCUGGAAGCUACGCAUGAGGGUGGUACCGUUCACCUUGUCAUAAGCAACCGCUGUUUCCCUAACAAGGUGGUCAGGAGGUGGAUGAUGCUUGAUGAGCGGUCGAGACUAGAGUUUGUUGGCGAUUACCUCCACUUCGAGGGCUGGAAAGAUGUGGAGAUUGUGGAUCUCUGUGCGAAAGACGAGAGUGGGAUGAGGAUUACGGACGAUCAAGGGACGGUGUUGUUAAGGAGUCCGUAUCUACCGGAUCAUCUGGAUCCACUGUGGGUUGUUAGGGCGAGGAAGGAGACUUCAGGGACAGCUAAAUAG